AUGCAGGGGAAGAAGAUUGUUCUGGUCAACAACCAGGGAUUCCACAGCUACACGCUAGCAUGCCCGGAAAGCAACCAUAUCAUCCAGUUCCGGUUGAAAGAACUUUGCACCAAGUUCAUCGACGAGGCCAAGGAGAUCUACGGUCAUCUUGUCAGCCGUGUGGUUCAUCACCGCGGCUUCACUCUGCCGGUCUACACCAUCGACAUUGUUCCCGGGGUAGCACACUACUGGCAGGAGCCUUCUCGAGACCACUUCCCGCUUGAACGCGAGCUGAACACCAUCAUCGAUCUAGCCCAGUUUAUUGCUAGAUCAUCUCACUUUCCUCAUCCACCAAUCGAGUGCAAAGAUAGCAGCAGAACGAAACGCGCUCGCGACACCUUCGAGAGACUCGAACAGAACUCGUCGCUCAAAGAGAUCGCUCCAGAUAUAUACGCCGAAGUCACCUCCGUCACGCCAAAGCUCCACCUGCUUCAAGACCUCCCUCUAGUCCUCACCCACACUGAUCUCGUCGGUUUGAACAUCUUCGUCGACCGCAUUACAGGCGGUAUCACGGGUGUGAUUGAUUUCGAUGAUGCGCAAAUCGAGGCUUUGGGAAUGAACAUCGUCACGCUCUACGAAUGGUUCGUCGGCAACAUGGAAGAUGGUCACUGGUCUCCCUACGAUAUGCCUGCAGGCGAUAAGUACGGCGGCAAGAACGUGGGUCAGGUGUUGGAGGCUGCAUUCUGGGACGCCUUUUGGGACAAUACGUCUCCGGAUUUGAAGAAAGAGGACACCAAGGAGGCUCUAUCUGUAGCUCUGAGAGUGGGUGUAGUCAAUCGCUACAUCGUGGAUGUUGGUAUGCUUGACGAGGUCGAUCUUGAGAACGGCCGCGGUGACGAUCGCUCGCUGGACUAUGCGAAGGGCAUACUGUUUCAUCUCCGAGAUUCAGGAAUAUAG